AUGCUGCUCCUCGACCGGGUCCACAGGAUCCCACGACCAAAACACCUGGCAGCUACCAUACCGACAGAUGUGAUGCUACGAGCUCAUUACUUCCACGUAAAGGAUGUAAUACUGAAGAACAGCCACACAGCAAGUCUACCAUCCAACUAUGCAGACGUAAAGAUAUUCGUGGACCUGUCUACAGCAACUUUGAAGAAAAGGAAGGCCUUCCAUCAAGUAACAGCGACCCUCCAAGACCACAAUAUCAGAUACCGAUUGGGCUAUCCCACCAAACUCCUCAUGUGGUGA